CGAUUACGAGAACACGGAUGUACAGUUGAUAAUUUACUCUCAAUCCCUACGGAACAGCUUCAGCAAUUACUCAUUCCGGUCGGUUUCUACAAGGUAAGAGAUAAUAAUAACAAUGAUAAUAAUAAUAAUAAUAAUAAUAAUAAUAAUAAUAAUAAUAAUAAUAAUAAUAAUAAUAAUAAUAAUAAUAAUAAUAAUAAUAAUAAUAAUAAUAAUAAUAAUAAUAAUAAUAAAUAA